AAAACCUCAGUGCAGCGGCGGGCAUUGUUCUCUUUGUGUUGUUUUUGCCCCGUGUCGUGUUCGCCGUGGUUGUGCAUUUGCCGCACGCCGUCUUGUGUAGGAACUGUCGUCUUGUGUAGUGAUGUGACCCUGUGAAGCGAGCGCUCGCCGAAGCCGACUACGCUAUCUACCAGGCGGCAGUACCAAAUAAACUUCUCUUGCACGGCUUCCACGGGCAGUCGGCGAUGAUCGAGUCGAGCGCCUUGAGUACAAGCCCCUGGAGCACAGACUUCAUGAAAGAUGCCGGUACUUCACUAUUGGAUUUUGAAAACCUCUUGGGUGCGGAAAUCGGCAUGUCUUUACCCUCUGAUCUCGUGCCCACUGAGAGUGUGUCCCUGCCCCUCGAGCGGCCAGUCUGUGAUGACAGUUCGGGGGUACUACUGGAUGCCGGCAUUGGACGCUGGGAGGACUUUGAAGACUUGCUCAAGAAGGACUCCAGCAAUACAUGUGACCUGGAUUUCGAAGAUUGGAGCCUGGAUCUCACAGAGUCAUCGGAUGUUCUCUCAGAUUGGAGCAGUAGUGGGGCUGCCACAACGUUCGAGGGUGCCGAGGGCCACUGCCCACGGCCGCGUUCCCGGCGGGGACCUUCACCUACGCCAUUGAAUGUUGAGCGAACUUCCUCAACUGCAAACUGGUCUUCCAUGACCAGUGGGGAGCAACUGAGGACAGUGGAGGCUCUGACUGAGGCAAUCAGCCACCGCUUGGGGCUGCGGGAACAGCUGGACGUGAUACGCAUCAUCGACCCGACUGUCACUGUUGACCCCUCUGCCGACCGAGAGAUUGCCGUCGACCUGAGGCGCCUCGACGACUCCAAGCUCCGGCAGAUAGCAGAGUACGUGCGGACUACCGUCGAGGCCCAAGAUGCUGCAGUGGACGACAAGCCAGAGUUCACAAGUCAAGGCUCUAGAAAAAGGGGCCGUCGUCAACAAAGCAACCCUCGCUCCACAUCCGGCCGCAGCACCCCUGCUUCAUUAAAUGCACCUGUGCAUAAAAAGGAGCGGUGUAAGCGCCCGCGGCAGCGGCAGCAGCGGCGGCGGCGUGUGGCGAUGGCCCAGGUCCAGACACAGCAGGACAAAGCGCACGAACAGAGGCUCAAGGAGCAGCGCAGCGGGCUGUUCUUGCACGAACAAGUUCUCACGCUGACAAGCACAACUUCUUCCUCGUCCUCCUCGAGGGGUAAUUCCUCCCACCCAAGCAUAGCGGGCACGGACGACGAAGAUGAAGAAGUCGACAUCCUACACUGAGCAAUUUGCAGGGGGGGUAUAUAAAAAAAAGAAGCGGGAUUUUGUAGGAGUGGGUUUAGAAGAGAAAUGGCAGUGCACUUUUUUUGUAAUUUAUGUAUUUUUCGAGUUUCGACCUUGCAUCUCUUUGAAACGCUGCUGCCAUCUGGCUGCCUGGUCACACGAGGCUGGAGCUUAGUUCCCCUUUCUCGCUUGUGGCGCAUCACAGUGGUCUUCGUUGGCGCGAUCUUUUUGUUGUUCACCCCGCAGGUGCGAGUGUUUGUGCUGGACUUAAAAGUGGUCCGUUGGUCAAAGUAUGUUUGAAGUGUGGCUGCAGAAUUCAUUCAUGCUGGGCAAGCUAAACGAGCCCAGUAAAUGCAGUCACCGUUUCAGCGUGUAGUACCAUGUCUUCGUGUAUGUAUCCUACGUCUUUAGCUGUAGACCUUUGAUAGGGCAAAGUUCAAGCUGUAACGGAUAAGUACAACUGUGCUUAGUGUUCAGGCAUUAGGCCUGCACUUUUGACUGUCACUGUCCAAAAUUUAAGGUUUGCUUGAUGUCGCCAUGUCAUUUACUUGUCAAGAGCAUUUACAUGCAGAAUUGGCCGCAACAAAGUUGUACCUUCCUCAUUUUCAUUGAACUUCAUCGAAGCUUUAAGAAAUAGUUCUAUGUGUAACAGCACUGUACAUUCUCACCUGCUAGGUAAGCAAGAGCAAUUGUGAGAAUUGUAGCCUGCUGUCACCUGACCUGUGUGAGUUGGCUGUUUAAUAGCUCGUAUGCAUCAGGGGUAAUUGCAUCUAUCUCCGUGGUGCCACCUGUGCAAGGGUCAGAAUAAGCCUUCCUGUUUGGCAUACAUCACUCGUGAUUCAUGAAGCUGUCCGUUUUCGUUCCGUCUUGUCCUCAGUUCUGCAAGAGUUGCUUCCGCUUGCUUUACAGGCUCGAGAAAUCAUUCAAGUUCAUAGCAGCCCCUGCGCACCUCUGUGAUCAGUCCUGUCAUUUUUUGUUUCUCUCUAUUGCUCAAUUCCCUUGAAAGCCACAGGGAGCUUUGGAGGCCUUUGUUGUGUUGGCAUAGACUCAAAUGUUUUUAGGUGAAAUUGGGGCACGUGCAUUUGGUACUUAUUGUGCGACCGCCCUUGUGUCUGCUUUUCUCUUGGAUUCAGUUGUUUAUCCUUUUUCUUGUUUCUUUUUAUUCAUUUCCUCCACCAAUCUCCUUUUCUUCUAGAUUCUUUGUGCUUUUUUUUUUUCUUUUUAAGCAGAGCAUUAGUGUUUUGUUGAAAAUUGGGGCUGUCAUUUCAUGUACUUUGUACAGCUGUCAUCGUUCAGGUUUUUAUGCAGGCAUUCGUCCACUUUUGCAAGUUCAAGCUUUCUUGCGUGUGCCCAUUACGUUUGGGCAAGCCAGUGUUUGUGUGGAAUGUCACUCAACGCUCUCUGCCUUGUGCAACUCGUCCCUGCUUUGCUUGAAAACUGCGACAGGUUGACUUCUGUGAUGUACUGCCAUUGAAAGUCACCAAGGCGAACGUUUUUCUUCUGGACUGUACAUACUAGGUGUCCCUUGCAACUCUUGAGUGCGACUUUUCACUGCACCACAGUUACACUUUUCCCCCACACGAUCUUUCAUUGCUCCUAUUUCGUGUGUGCAAGUGUCUGUGUCCGUGUCGAACCAUGGCUGAGAGCUUUCGUAGGUUUUGCUUUUUACGCUGCGAGACUUUUCAAGGACUCUCAACUGUGAUGGGGUCGGUUGCUUUAGCUGCGCAGCGGGUGCAGUCAUUCAGUUGCGAAUAGUCUGUAAUAACAAAGCUGCAGUUUUUAAUCUUGCCUGUGUCUCACUGGGGCAUUUUGCAUUGCAAGGUUAGAGCGCAUUUUCGGUGCUUUCGUUCAACAUCUUGAUGCUUGACACAUUCGCGCUGCCUCUUAACAGCGUACUUUUGUUCCAAAACAAAUGUUCUUGCACACCUUUCCUUGCCUCACUGUUGUUCACAUGGUGCGUUUGUUUCUUGAACUGUGGGUACAUGACCAGCUAGUUGUAGCGUUCUAAGAGGGAAAUUUACGAGUACAUAGUCCUCCAAGGAACAAAAAUCGAGCAAGCAGCGUUGAUUAUAUUAGCACCAAGACUCCGCAAAGGGUCUGUUCUACCAUGUGCUGCAGCUGACAUGCCUCCGAAAAGAAAAAAAUGUGGUUCCCUAGCUGGUAAAACGAAAAAGAAAAAGGUAGAAAAGCCACCAUCUCAAUACACAUUGCCUUGGCGUGGCGCUAUGCACAAUAAUGAAAAGCAUGUUUAAUAGGUUGUAUUGGUAGGUUCUGUAUUGACUGCCAUCGCCCAGUCACAAUAGUGCAGCUAAGUUUACAGGCCACCUCCAUUGUAGUUGCUUCUUUUCGAAAAUAGGUCUUGCCAAAACUUUCAUUUUGUGAACAUGUGUGAGUGCGGGAGCCUUUGUACUGUAAAAAGAAAGUGACUUUUCACUCAGCUGACUUUUCGUUGUCUUGUCGGGCUUGGUAGCUGAAUCUGAAAAACUGCUUACCUUGUGGAAUUGGCUUGUCUGAAACUGGCAAGCAGUUUGGUAGAGGCCUUGUAUCGAUUUGUGCCAAUAUUUUAAGUUCUAAGGAAGUAUCCAUCAUGAUUUAUUCUGUGUGGCUUCGUUCCGUACAAAAAUCGCUGGAAAGAUCUGUUUGGUUACCACAGUACAGUCGCAAGUAAAAGAUUGGGGACCAUGGUGUUCCAAAAAAGAAAAAUCCAGCACAGCAGCAUUUGUGCCACUGGAUUUCAAUCAAUUUGUUUGUGUUCUGAAGUAAAAAAAAAUGUGCAGCGAAUUCAUCCCCACACUUUUGCACCUAAUUGUGCUUAUGUACUGUUUAUUCGUGGUAGCUAUUGUGCCCUCGUAGCAUUCUUUUUUUCGUACCUUAAUUUUUUUUUAAUGCAGGAAGGUACCUGUGCUUCAUAACCAUGCAAAUUAUUGCAAUUAUAGUGCCACCUCUCAACAUUUUAUGUCAAAAGGUCAUUUGGCUUCUUAGUAUGAAGUUUAGUACGUUCAGUUACGGCUCUUUAUGUACCCACUUUUCUAACAGCCAUACUUGAAACGUUUUUCCAAUAAUCUUUGUCUCUGGCUUUCUGAUGUAGUUGUGCUAGAUCUGCAUCACACCAAGGUUUCUGUUUGGUCCAAGAUUUGCAUAAAGCUGCAUAUCUUGCUGCACUGCUAAUUUUGUUGAGUUUCAAAGAGCAGUUGUAUAUGGUGUUCCAGCAAAAUGUCAGAACUAUUUAGCCAUGCUUUCAUCUUUAAAUUGUAUAUAUAUAUAUAUACUUUUACCAUGCCAAUAUUUUGUUAAAACAUGUAAUGCGUGUGUAAGGAAUCACUUAUUCAGCCAUGGCUGCGAGAAAGCAGACUAUCUUGUCAUACGUAGGUUGGUGAUGCCGAAGGUGAAUGAAAGUUCAUAGUUCUAAAAGUCUACAGAGCUGGGAGUAAACGGAUUUGCCAUCUUGUAUAGAGAAUUAUGCAGGGGUGUGUGAAUAUUAAGUUUUUCUCAUUCAGUCAAACAGCAUACUGUUUUAUUGGUCUUGCAAUGGGUUCCUGUUAUAUAUGUUCUUUGCCACUGUGUUUAUUGCACCAUUUUCGACAUUGCGAGCCAAAGCCAACUCACCCUACCUUUAUUGCGUCCUUGAAUGUAAUAGCUGCCAUUCGUGAAUGUGAAUAGCUUGCAAAUACUUCAAAACUUCAGCUGCACCAAACUGAACACGAACUUGGUGCCAAAGUGCAAUAACAUUCAUUCCCACGAGCAUAUUGUGUGAAACAUUGCAUGUCGCAGGCUACAUUGCAUAUCAGGCCUGACUGUACUGGCUGCACAGAAAGGAUUUGCACACAUCUGCUCUCCAGAUUCAAAGCCUGGCUUGCUUGUUCAUGAUGCUUUAUUGUUUUUAAUGCUGGAAGUAUAAAUUCUAGCACGUGCACAUUUCGCAUUAACUGUAAGAAUAACUGUUCAAUACUCUUGAACUACUUCAAUUUUGUUAAAUUAAUGUGCUAUUUGACUUGUAUUCAUUUCUGGUCUCGAAAGUUGCUAUUAGCACACCCCUUGCAAAUCUUGGCAAGACCGCACAAGCAGCCAUAGCUGUACAAGGCUGUAGUCGCUUGUGUUGGGGGGAAAGUUGAAGGUUUUGGUAUGGCAUCCUGGAACAUAAUGUUCAUAAAUGUUGAUUCCAGGACUGCGCAUUGUCUUUUCAACAGAUCAUGUUCUGCAAACUUCUGCCGUUGGCGGUAUACAGUUGUGCACAGUCAUCAUCAAUAAAGAGUUUUUGCUAUAACGA